AAGCUAGCAUACGAUGGGUUAGAUGAGUUCCGUUGGAAUGAAGAAGAUAAAAUAGCGUAUGAAGAAAGAGGAAUCUAAUGAAUUUACAGAAAAACAAAGCCAUCCUUGAAUACAGCUACUAAAAAAGAUAGAGGAGAAUGUGUCAAAACUAGCAAAGAGAGAGGCAUCAAAGUUGGAGCAUAGAAGGGUAGAGUGAAGAAAGCUAAAAUAGCAGUACCGAAAAAUUCACUUAAGGCAGGUAUGUCUAUA